AUGUCGCAAUACCCAUCCGCUCCACCCGGUCAGAAGACCUUCAAGCUCAACACUGGCGCCGAAAUCCCCGUCGUUGGUUUGGGCACAUGGCAAUCAGCACCCGGCGAGGUCGCCAAGGCCGUCGAGAGUGCCAUCAAGAGCGGAUACCGUCACAUUGAUGCCGCUUGGAUCUACGGCAACGAGAACGAAGUAGGCCAAGGCAUUCGGGCCUCUGGUGUCCCUCGAUCAGAACUGUUCAUCACAACCAAGGUUUGGUGCACUUACCACCGUCAGCCCGAAGCAUGCCUAGACGAAUCGCUCGAAAAGCUUGGUUUGGACUACGUCGACUUGCUUUUGGUCCACUGGCCCGUUCCCUUGAUCAAGCGAGGUGAUGAGAAGAUCCCGCUCAACGAGGACGGCUCUCGUGCCAUUGACCCCGAAUGGACGCCCGAACAGACUUGGGAGCUCAUGGAGAAGCUGCCCGCAACCGGCAAGACCAAGGCUAUCGGCGUCUCCAACUGGAGCGUUCCAUACCUGGAGAAGCUGCUCGCCAACGCAAAGAUUGUACCCGCCGCCAACCAGGUUGAAUUGCACCCCUUCCUUCCCCAGCACGACUUGGUCAAAUUCUGCCAGAGCAAAGGUAUCUUGAUGCAGGCCUACUCUCCCCUUGGCUCUUCCGGUGGACCCGUUUUGCAGGAUGAGCUUGUUCAAUCGAUCGCCAAGGCUCACGGCGCCGACCCUGCUCAGGUCGUCAUCUCCUGGGCUGCACAGAGGGGUGUCGUUGCAUUGCCAAAGAGUGUUACAGCAAGCCGAAUCGAAACCAACGGCAAGCUUAUCACCCUCAGUGAUGACGAGAUGCUCAAGCUCAACGAACUCCACAAGCAGGCUGGAAAGGCUGUCCGCCUUGUCAAGCCCAAUUGGGGUGUUGACCUCAAGUGGUAA